AUGUUAAUUCUUAAUUUUUCUGUUUUUACUUGUCUUUUAAGGCUGUUGGUUUUUUGCUCUAAACGUAAGCAUUUACUUUUAACUUUAUUAAGGCUGGAGUUUAUUGUUUUGUCACUUUAUUUUAUGUUAAGGUUUUCUUUGAUGUUUUUUAAUUAUGAGUUUUUUUUCUUAAUAAUUUUUUUAACUUUUAGAGUCUGUGAGGGUGCCUUGGGACUAUCUAUUUUGGUUUCUUUAGUUCGAACUCAUGGUAAUGAUUAUUUUCAAAGGUUUAAUAUUUUAUGAUAA